AUACAAUACAAGCGUGGUGUGUAGUAAACUGUUGUCUACUGUGGGACUGGGAUCUGCAUGCCCCAAAGAUAAUUUACAACCGAUAAGGGAACAAGAAGAGGGACUUCAAUCCGACUGUUUACCGUAACCCAGCCUACUACAACGCCGUGUUUCAAGGCACAGUGACCGGAGAACAUAAUGCCGACAAUGCCGGAACUGGAUUUGAGCUUAUCUUUAGCAGGAGUGUCCAGUGCCAAUCAAGACAUGGUUGAAGCCUGGAGGAAAGCUGCUCAUAUCGGACUACUGCUGUGGUGAUUUGCCUCACACUGAAACCUUCAAGAUGUACGUUGCUCAGCGUGGUUACACUCUGUAUACCCCAGAACAAUACGGAAAGCUGCUCGAAGAAGCUGGUUUCGUGAGUGUGAACGCAGAGGAUCGAACCUGGCAAUUCAUUGAGGCCUUGGAAGGAGAGAAAACCAGAGUCGAGAACAACAAAGAGGAAUUCAUGAAGGAUUUCAGCGAGGAUGAUUUCAAGUACUUGAUUGACGGAUGGACCAACAAGCUGAUUCGGACCAAAGCUGGGGACCAGAAAUGGGGACUCUUCUUAGCUGAGAAGAACAAGGCCAAGGAAACUUAAGUCACAAAGAAUCAUCUUGAAGGUCACCUCAAGGUGCAGGAGGAUAGAUGGUGCCAUUUGUACAAAUGAUUUACUUUCCAGGUUUUAAAACCGAAGGAGGCAUCGU